AUGCCGGGGCCGACAAACUCCCGCAGCGAGCUUUCCUACCUCCUUAACCAUAUAGUCAAUUCUUCCUCGGACACAGACUACUUAGACCAGCUUAUUCCCUCAAUCCGAGAAUAUAGCCAUGGCAAUCGAACCUCUCAGCUCCUGCAAUCCCUCACUAAAUUCGCGAACGAUCGUGAAGCCCAGAUCGAAAGUAUAUGUACUUCUACACAUCAGGAAUUUGUGACCUCUAUCAACCAGCUGCUGGACAUCCGAGAGGGCACUGUCAACCUGACGUCGGAGAUCCUAGACCUCAAUCAGUCAAUCCAGGCCAGCACAAAGAGGUUAGCGGAACAGAAGAAAGCCUUGGUUGAGUCCCGGAGCCACCGACAGAAUAUUGAUGACACCUCGAAGGCGUUGCAGGACUGUCUGGAGGUACUGCUCCUGGCAAAUCAGGUCUAUGAUCUAUUAGCGAGGAAGAACCAUUAUGCGGCCCUGCGGGCUCUGGAUGAACUACAGAAUGUUCAUUUAAAGGGUGUGACUCAAUAUAAAAUUGCGGAAGUAAUUCAGCGUUCCGUUCCAAUUACUCAGAAGGCGAUUGCAGAUGCUGUGAUGGCAGACCUCAACACAUGGCUCUACCGUAUCAGAGAGAUGUCACAAUACCUUGGGGAAAUAUCUCUUUAUCACACAGAUCUGCGUCGAGCCAGACUGAAAGAGCGCGCUGAGAAAACACCAUAUCUCGAGCAUUUCAAGCUGAACUCGGCAAUUGAACUGAUUUCGGAUGAGCAUGAAGAGUUUGACCUGUUACAGAACGAUGACCUUCAAGUCGAUUUCACUCCUCUGUUUGAAUGUUUGCAUAUCCAUCAGUCCCUUGGGCAGAUGGAUAAGUUCCGUGUCGAAUAUGCCACUACCAGAAGGCGGCAGAAGGAACUAUUACUGCCUCCUACAAUUAAUCUUCUCGACGAAGAGGGUGCUUGUCUGCACACUCUCCUCGAGGAGAUCGCUGGGUUCGCUAUCGUUGAGCGAACAACGAUGAAAAAGAUACCGGAUCUAAGGUCGCCAGUUGAUGUCGACGAGCUCUGGGAUUCGAUGUGCCAGACCGCAGUCGGCCUGAUGAAAAAGGCGCUGCCGUCGGUGGAUAAUGCAGAAAACCUACUAAAAAUCAAGAACCUAAUUGCCUUGUUCAUGCAAACAAUGGAUACAUGGGGUUUUCCAGUAGGAGCUUUUGAUAGGUUUUUACUAGAGUUAUUUGACAGGUAUGCUGAACUGUUGAAACGGAGGUUCAGCGAUGACUUCCAAGAGAUCGUCCAAUCCGACGAUUACAUGCCAAUGGCAAUACAAAAUGAAGAAGAAUACGAUAAGGUUCUCAAUGUGAGCUGGUAUACUCCAGAGAAGCCCAGAGAAGAACAGAUCUUCCCUUGCGUCCUGCCUUUUUCCCAGAUGUAUCCACUUUGUUGUAUCGAUAUUCGGAAUUUCUUGAAUCAGUUUUACUUCUUUUCGAACGAUGACUUUCAGCACCCGAAUAUUAUCGACGAAACCCUUAAGAACUCUUUGGACGAACUGCUCUCCGACAAAGUCUGUGAGACGCUUGUCGAACGGCUCAGCGCUCAAUACCUAGGCCAAAUCGUCCAAAUUCUCAUCAACCUCGAGUACUUCGAAAUAGCAUGCCAAGAGCUUGAACUGCUCCUAGGUGCAGCACGAUCACCAUCAUCUGGCGAUGGAGCAGUGAGCCUUGCUGCAACAGAGAAGUUCCGGAAUAACAAGAAGGUUGCUGAAAAGCGAAUUUUCGAGCUCGUCAAUUCUAAAAUCGACGAUCUCAUCGAAACCGCUGAAUACGACUGGAAUGCACCAAGCUUGCAGAUGGAGCCGAGUAACUAUAUGCAGACUCUGACCCGGUUUCUGUCUAAUAUCAUGAACUCGACCCUCCUUGGUUUGCCGACCGAAAUUAAGGAACUUAUAUAUUUCGACGCCCUGAGCCAUGCCGCAAAUAUGGUUCUGGCGCUCCCACUCUCCCCAGACGUCAAAAAGAUUAACCCAAACGGAGUUGCCGCUCUCGCACGAGACGUGGAUUACCUCACCAAAUUCGUAGAGGGACUGGGCGUGCCUAUUCUCCUAGAGAAUCUCGACGAACUGCAGCAAACCGUACAAUUGAUGAUGUCCGACAACACAGAAGAAUUCUACGAUAUAUCAAUUCGGAAUAAAAAAUAUGGCCGUGUCGAUGCGAUGAACGGGCCAAUAUUAAUUGAAAAGUAUGCUCGAUUCUAUGGGCUGCAAGCUCACGAAAAUAUUACAAAGUCCACCGGCGAAGACGGAUAA